AUGAUUCUCACCGUAUUCGGCGAUUUAAGUGCUUUGCCAUUCUUAGAGACGUCAAGAAAUGUACCAGAGCUUUCUCUAAAAUUACUCCCACCGGAUUUAGCUCGUGACUAUUCGUAUUAUGAUCACCACCAUCAUCAUCAUCAACCAGAUACAAUUGAUAAACGCACAACAAAGACACAAAGAGUUACUAAACCAACUAGAACAACUAAACCAGCAACAUCGACACAAGCAGUAAUAGUUGAAGAACCAAAACAACAACAAAAACCUUUCCAAUCAAACUAUGAAAAGCUUCCUGAUGGUGGAUAUCGGUUUUCAUAUACGACUGCUGAUGGACAAACACGAGAGGAACUUGGAUAUUUCCGUGACAAUGAAGAUGGAGAAAAAAUUUGGAUUGUUGAGGGUUUCUAUUCAUAUGAAGGAGCCGAUGGAAAGCCUUACCGAGUCCAAUAUAUAGCUGAUGAUAAAGGAUAUCGUAUUGUGAAAAAAGAACCUAAGACUUAUUAUUAUUAUACCUAAAUUAAUUUGGCAACUUCUGGUAAGUUUGCAUUUUUUUUAAAUAAACAUACAUUUUUAGUCAAGAGAGAAUUGUAAAAAUUCUAUUCCAUUGCUUUAAAAAUGUUUGAAAAGAAGCAAUAAAAAAAUUGUC